UUUUUGUUUAAUGCUAAGAAGUUGGUUGACAUAUAUAUGGCAGUAAGAUUUUAUUAGGAUUUUUUAAUAUCACCCAAGUGGGGAUUGUAAUCACUUCUCACAGUACCCAAAAUAUCUUUCUUUUAUUCCGCGUUCCUUUGCCCACUUAAGGUUUAUGAAAAACAUCUUAGUACAUACAUAAACGUCAACAUGUAUGAUGCCACAUCAGACAUUACGAACGAUUGAGAAAAAUUAUUCCUGGAAAGAUAGCGUAUGGGGAAUAAUAUCAUAAGAAUUUUAUAUACGGUUGAUAUAUUGCUACUCUCGAUCCACAAAACACGUCAAAGCUCAUUGAAUCGUUUUUCUUCCAAACGGUCGUUCGACCUUUUCUGCAAUAUGUUUUUAUUACAGUUCUACUAUCAGAGCAACUCUGGCCGUUGCGCUGCCGUUAUUGUCAAAUUGUAAAAAAAAUGAAAUAUAAAAUAACAUGUUGAUUGGUAGGCGUUGAAGCCUAGACGUUUCGUUAAGAGAUAACAUACGGAGACGCGCGAAUGGUUGUGACAUGGAGCAAAGUGUAGAUUUACUAUAUUCGCAACUGAAGAAAAAUAUAUAUGUAUAUUUGAAAUUAUAAUUAUCUGUCAUAAAUUCAUCAAAGAAACCAUCUCACUCCUUGCCGGGAACGCGUUUCUGACGCAAACCAACAGAGGGUAUUCAAAGAGAUCAUAACUGUUUGUAACAUAUUUUCAAAGAGAGUACAAAAAAUGCUGCAGUUGGUAAGAAAAUCCUUGAUAAGCUUAUAUAUGCAAUACGAACUCGUGACGUGCAUUUCAAUGUUUGAGCCAUGGGAGAAAAAAUUAAUAAACAGCAUUGUAGUUGUGAUAUUAAGUUUGGUAAUAUUCUCCAGUUUUGUAUAUUUGCCUUCAUAUAUUCAAACGUUUUUCCAUUUCCUUUCACCGCUACCGAGUAAUAAUUCGCCCAAUUACGCUACUAUACUGACCGAAAAGAUAAGUAUAAAUUAGAUUAGACUUUAAAUAUAUUACAUUUU